CAGCGCGGCGCGGCGGGGCUGGGCGAUGGGGAGCCGCGGGCUGCCGCUGCCGCCGCUGCUGCUGCUGCUGCUGCUGCUGGGCGCCGCGUUGCCGCCGCUGCUGCGGCCGGCGGAGUCGGCGGACCCCGCGGACCCCGUUAGCGCCGAGCGGAGCCUGGCGUGGGGCCCCGGGCUGGCCGCGGGGCUCACCCUGCCCGUGCGGUACUUCUACAUCCAGGCGGUCAGCGCGGCCGGACGCAACUUCUCCCGCUCCCCGCCAGGAAGAACACAGUUUAAAGUGGUAAUUAAAGCACUUUCUCCAAAAGAAGUCACCAGAAUUUACACCCCUCUCCCUUUGGAUAGAAAUGAUGGUACAUUUCUUAUGCGGUAUCGGAUGUAUGGAAGCGUCAGAAAAGGGUUGAAAAUUGAGAUACUUUAUGGUGAUCAGCAUGUAGCUCAAUCUCCUUAUAUUUUGAAAGGACCAGUUUAUCAUGAAUAUUGUGACUGUCCUGAAGAAGACCCUGAGAUCUGGCAGAAUGUUAUGUCUUGUCCAUCCCAAGAACCUCAGAUUACAAAGGACUUAAUUUCUUUUCCCACCAUUGACCUUCAGCGAAUGCUUAAGGAAAUACCAACAAAGUUCAGUCAAACAAGAGGUGCUAUUGUUCAUUACACUAUUCUCAAUAAUCACAUCUACCGUCGCUCCUUAGGGAAGUAUACAGACUUCAAAAUGUUCUCCGAUGAAAUGUUCCUGUCACUGGCAAGAAAGGUUCAUCUUCCUGACGUGGAGUUUUAUCUUAAUGUUGGAGAUUGGCCAGUUGAAUAUCGGAAAGCUAAUGAUACACCUGGUCCUAUACCUGUCAUUUCAUGGUGUGGCUCUGCAGAUUCAAAAGAUAUAGUCCUUCCAACGUAUGAUGUAACUCACUCAACUCUUGAAACCCUACGUGGAGUCACAAAUGAUCUUCUUUCUAUUCAAGGAAAUACAGGCCCGUUCUGGGAAAACAAAACUGAGCGAGCUUUAUUUAGAGGUCGAGACAGCCGAGAAGAACGUCUCCAUCUUGUCAAGUUAUCCAAGGAAAAUCCAGAACUACUAGAUGCUGGAAUAACAGGAUAUUUCUUCUUCAGAGAAAAAGAAAAAGAGCUGGGAAAGGUUCAGCUGAUGGGCUUCUUUGACUUCUUUAAGUACAAAUACCAAGUGAAUGUAGACGGGACCGUAGCAGCUUACAGGUUUCCAUACCUCUUGCUGGGUGACAGCCUAGUAUUGAAGCAAGAUUCCCAGUACUAUGAACACUUUUAUAUUGGAUUAAAACCUUGGAAACAUUAUGUUCCCGUUAAGAGAAACUUAGAGGACUUGCUAGAGAAAAUAAAAUGGGCUAAGGAAAAUGAUGAAGAAGCAAGAAAAAUUGCUAAAGAAGGACAAUUAAUGGCAAGAGAAUUGCUUCAGCCUCACAGGCUUUACUGCUACUAUUAUAAAGUGCUCCAGAAAUAUGCCAAACGCCAAGCCAGCAAACCUGAAAUACGGGAUGGAAUGGAACUUGUACCUCAGCCUGAUGACAGAGACUCAGUAUGCAGUUGCCACAGGAAAAAGCCUUUAAGGGAAGAUCUAUAACUGUACCGGAUGGAGAAAAUCACCCACUUACAAUGCAAGAAUUUAAAUAGGAAUUAAGCUGUGAAAUCUAAGACACUUAUGCACUAGCAAACAUUCUUAGUUAUGUAUUUUUCCUGUAUUUACAUAGCCUUUUUCACACUGACUCUGAUCUACAAUGUUGGUUCCCACAAUUUUGUCUCUGUGACCACCACCAGACAGAUACUGAGCCUGUAAUGGGGAGCAUCUAGGAGAUUUGUUUGAUGUACUGCAUCAUCAGGAAGAAGAGCGCAGUACUGCUCAUGUUCCAGCUGGGAUCUAGUUAUCCAAGUUUUAUGAGGAACCAGUCGUCCACAAAAGAUCUUCCAUGAGUCAGUGCAAGUUAUUCUAAUGGAGCAUUUGCAACAUACUAAGUGUUAUGAUUUCUUCAUAAAGUUUACCUCUGUGUUAGACUGUUCCUUGUAUACAAAACAAUUUUCUAACUAGACAAAGAAAAUGAAUAAUUGAGAUUUACAGAUAUCAAAUCUGGUGUUGCUUUGAGAUUAUUUUGUGGUCUAUGGUAGAUAACAGAAUAGAGAACAUGAUAAAAUAUUUAUCAAUUUCAGAGGAAAAUGGAGAGGAGGACGAGAGAGCAGAAUAAUAUUUUUAUAAGCACCAUGGUUGUGAAUCACCAAAAUUAGAUGCUGCUUUAAAGCAGACUGUGUAGCUAUCACAAUCGCAGUGCUUUGAGUGCCAAGACACCACUCACUCUGAAGAUCUGUUCCCUGCCAAUGACCAUGUCUGGGAAUAUAGGCACAGAUCCACAAAAGGACUUAGAACUUCAGGUAAGGCCAGCUGAUAUACUGGUGUCUUAGUUCAACAACACAAUCUACAGUAUUCUAGGCUACCUGAGUAUUCACACACCUGAAAUUUGUUAGUAGAGUUUUAGACCGCCUAGGUUUAGCUUCUCUGUAGACCUAAGGAUACACCCAUCUUUUUCACUUGGGUUCAUGAACUACUUUUUUCCUGUGCCUAAGUCCCCAAAGGGAUCUUAGCCAUUUUCUGAAUGUAGAUUAUACCUAACCUUAUAGUGAGAUCAGACAGCAGAUCAGACUUCAUUCUUUUGGUUCAAACAUGACAGAAAAACCUAUGCUGUGCUUUCUAUGUAAUAGUCUAGGGGUUAGAGACCAUGCUAAGAAAUUGGGAAGCCAAUUGUCCUCCUUGGUUUGAUUCAAAGCCAUUUUUCCAGAGAGUGCCUUAGCUCCAGACUGGAGAAGAGGUCUUCAAGCCUUCCACUGAAGUUGUGCAGCAAUGAAGUUAAUACAAAAUUCACAGGGCCAGAAGGAGCUGGUCAUACCAUUGCAAUAAAAGUGUGCCUUUGGGUGGGGCAGAGGAAACAUCCUAGUCCUGCAUGUGGCUCCCAAUACCUCUGUUGAUUUUUACCAAAAAGUUUGUCUACUUCAAAAUGCAUAAACCUGGAAGGAGACACCAAUGCCAAUACCAAGACCAAUGCCCACAAGCACCCAUUUCUGUCCUCUGCAUUUUCAUCUUGGCUAAUGUAGCCUGCCUGGGCAACUUCCUAUUCAGCUACACUCGGAUGUCUUUCAUGGAUACCAAAUUCUCCCUGCACAAAAAGGAAUGGAAAUGUCUUAAGACUGUGGACUCAUCUAAUUGCUUAAGUACCCAAAGUUUAGUGCUCAACACCUCAUGCAGGCUUCAUUCUUGGUUCUACACUGCAAGUUACUCAUAAAAUACAUAAAACAACAUUUCUGCACUAGAACAGGAAGAAAGACUAGAUUUUUCAGUAUGCUAAAUAUGGAAAGAACUUCAGGCUUCUAAAGAGGUUAAUGCAACUGUCUGUCAGUCAUUUAUUACAUUAUGUCAGUUAAGAAAAAACCUGGAACGAGUUGCUCUACCCAUCAUCCUCUUUGUUCUGGUUCUAACACUAAUAUAUAUAGUGGUUGUAUUUUUAUUUAGUGUGACAAUCAGUCCUAGAACUUCAGGCUACAAAUGUAUGUUCACCUCAUCUGACAUAAAAUUUUCUACAUCAAAAUUCAGGAACAGGGUUCCAUUGCUGAAGCUGACAGUUAAAACUGAGUAUGUGCUCCUU